UCCCCCACCCAAACAGACAUUCACACAUUGUAACUCCGAGAUAUGGCGGGUUUCUGUAGUAUCAAGAUCCUGCUCCUCUGGGCUGCGAUCAUUGGUGUGGCUGACUGUCAAUAUCCAGCAGCAGCCCCUCCACCUCCACAGUGUUCUUACACUGUUACACCCCACGAGUCUGGCUUCCAGAUCAGGUUCAUAAACUCUUCCCUUGACACCUACACCGUAAAUGUUAAAGAAGAAGGCCAAGUUGAUGUUCAGCACUUCGAUCAAAGCUCACCGUAUAUCAGACACCUGAAGCCCUGUACUGUCUACGAGCAUAAUGUGACAUUUGACCAUGCUGGCACAGAAAUAAUCUGUAACCACAGUGAUAGUAAAACUACAGUGAAGACAAAUGAAAUGACUGAAGAUGACAUUAAACGUAGCAGCUGCAUCCCUGGAUAUCUUUGUUACAAGAGUGACUGGAACAUCAGCUCUGUGCAAAUAAAUAAUCUUACAGCCAUGCGAUGCCUAAGUGACAAUAAAAUGUUCUGUAUCAGACCUGGUUAUGAUGACAUUUGCACAAAUUUGACUACAACCUUCACUCAAGAAAAGUGUGUGAACUUUAGUCUCACUCAACACAUCAGUGCUGCUGAAUUUUUAAAUUCAAAUGAAAUAAAUCUGAUUCCUCCCACUGAACUUCCUGCAAAAAUAGAAGCAAAUUUACCUCCAAACUGCAUCUAUCUCACCAUUGAUUACAUUUGUUCUGAUUCUUACAAUAAUCCCAAGAAAGUGUCUGAGCUGGAGCCUUUCACAGACUACACCUGUACUGGUCAGAUCAAGGAAAAUGAUGUCAUCAUAAAAAACACACCUGCUAUCCGGUUCAAGAUUGACUGUGAUCUUAAUAUAGCAACACAAAGGGACUCAACCAAUACCUCCAUUGAGUUGAGCUGGACAACAACCAGUCAGAAAUGUCAAGAGGUCCCCAAACUUGAUGGGCUUUCAUAUGACUGCAGUUGUCAUCCUGUGGGUUCAACAUCGGACAAGAAACAUGCAAAACUACAUUGA